AUGGGAAAGCACUCGAAGAAACCCAGAGGACCAAGCACGGGAUAUACCCGCGACAUUGGCCAAUUGCUGUCCCACGGCUGUAGGCCCAAGAUGGCGGAUGUCCUUCCGGAACUGGGGCUAGACUCACACUCUGCCUUAGAAGACAACUACCUGAGCAAUGUGCCAACCCCAACGCCCCAGUGGAAAAGCCAAGCCUUACCUCCUCGGCAAAGGGAACACCCACUGGCUACCAAGGUAGAUCUCUCCGCCAUGGUGAAUGACCUUAAGGCCUUCUUAACGGCGGAACUAUAA